AUGAGAUUAUCUUCGCUCGUGAGAGUUAAGACUGCUUUAGCUGUUAUUAGUGGCGAUGUCUUCGCUAGUGCCCUAGCUCUGUCGUUCCAUCCAGCAUCCACCACUUCGCAAGUUCGCCUGGCCAAUUUCUCCACUGUUCGCCUGAUCUUCAUUAUAGCUUGUGCGAGAUUCUCAUCCUUCCUUCAGCUCCAUCUAGCAGACGCUUUCACCUCCAGCAUUGACCUCGGCUCUACUCUACUAGCAGACGCAAGCACGCAGAUGCAGCAGCACGCUUCAGCUUCAGUUGAUAAUGCUUCUUCUAAUGAUUUUGAAAUUGUAUUUUUAAAGAAGCGUUUGAAGGAUUUGGGAGGUCUAGUUUGUGAUGGAGAAUUCUUGCAGAUGCGGCUUAAAAAAUUCAAGGAGCUUAUUGAAAAAUUAAGAAUUGAUUCAAAGAGUCUUCUUACCAUGGAUUGUCCCACUAGGUGGAAUUCAACAUACAUCAUGUUGCAGAAUGCUAAGUUCACUAAGGUCAUUGAUAGAAUGGAGGAUGAGGAUCAAGAUUAUAAGAACUACUUCAAAAAGAAAGUUAAAUUGUCUUCCAGCUCAAGCUUUAUUGAUAGGAUGGAAGAGGAGGAUGAAGAUGAGCUUGGUGAUCAUGAUGGUGAUAAAGGUAUAGUUAAACCUCCUAAUGCCUAUGAUUGGAGUAUGGCAAAGGAAUUUCUUACCUUUUUGGAGUUGUUCUAUACUAUGACUCUUCAAUUUUUUGGAUCAAAUUAUGUCACAUCAAACACAUGCUUUCAAAAUAUAGUUGCAAUCAAGACACGAUUGGAUUCAAUUGCAGUUGAAUCUAAUUCUUUGUUGAGUGACAUGGUAGAAAGGAUGCAAAGUAAGUAUGACAAGUACUGGGGAAAGGCAAAAAACAUGAAUCUAUUAUUGGUAAUAGCUGUGAUUCUUGAUCCUAGAUAUAAAUUUUCUUAUGUUGAAGUUGCUUUUAAACAUUUUAUUGGUGAUUACACGAAGAGGGAAAUGAUGAAAAAGAAGAUUAUGAGGUUUUUGCAUCGCUUGUUUGAUGAGUACUUUGUAACUCUUGCAGUCAGUGGCAAUGAACCAUCUGAAACUGGUAUAGAGAUGGGGGACAUUAGUUCUAGUGGUGGAGGGAAGCAAGUUCCUCCAUCUUCUAAAAAAAUUAUUGAUGUGGCAAUACAAGAUUUCUUAGCCACUGUAAUGAGUAAGCGUCCAAAGAAACUAAUUUCAGAGGUGGAAGAGUACCUAAAUGCAGAGUUAGUUGAUGCUUGUGAUGAUAGUUUUGAUAUUUUGGCAUGGUGGAAAGUGAAUUCUUCCAAGUAUAAAGUUUUGGGUUUGAUUACACGUGAUUUGUUGGCUAUACCUGUCUCCAUAGUGUCUUUGGAAUUUGCUUUUAGUACUGGGGGUUGA